AUGUUGUUUUACUUAUUUACACCUUCAUGUAUACAGGCUUUGGAGCAAGAAUGUGGUAACAAAAGAAAACGACGUGAUGUAAAUUCAGACGUAGUGUACAACGUCAUUGUCACAUCUAAACCAAUGAAUAAUUUCAGAUUAAUGGUAGAGGAGAUUUUUGGAAACGAAGAAAUGUUCCAGGUUAAUAAAGAGUGGUAUCCUGCUUUUAAAACAGUUAUUUCUGAUAACAGUGAAAGUGGUUCAAUACUUUCAAAAGAUGAAAAGUCAUUUGUGCUGAACACUUUAACAAGUAAUAUCUCAAAGCCCGUCUUAGACGGAUUUUUAGAAAGAUGGAACAAUACUGUUUCAGCAUGGGACAACGGAACUUUAAACGAAGAAAUCAAAACUGGAAGCGUUAUAAACCUGUCUCGACUUAGUGUGAUGAUGCAACAGUACAUCACAGACACCAAAACAGCUGAAGACAGGGGAUUUAAUUCAAUAUUCAGUGAUUUUGAUCAUGCUUUGAAUGCAUAUGUUUUGGCUGAACAGGAAACUCAAGCAGCAGGGAGCAGUAAAAAGGACGGUGCAGUAUGUGCUAAGGUCCGUGUGAGAAUUGUUCAGGAUCUUGUUUUAACUAGAGACGCCUUUAAUGCUCGUUUUGAAAUCGAAAACGGAGAAAACUCGGCUCUUGAAAGUAUUCAUGUUGAAAUUGAAAUCAAGCACAACACUGGAAAUGGAGAAGUUGUUAAUGAAUUGUUUUCUAUUGGAGACCCAGAUUUAAUAGGACUAACAGGGGUAGACGGUGACGGUCGACUAGGAGUUGAUUUAUCUGGAUCAGCAGAAUGGUUGAUUAUUCCGUACUCCAUUGCAGCACCAAAUGAUGAUGUAAUGUUUAAUGUUGGUGGAAGAUUGUCCUAUCGGGUUGGAGGAUCAAACUUUUCAGUUCCAUUGCUACCGGAUACAAUAACAGUAAAGCCUAACCCAAGCCUGGUGCUACAUUAUUUUCACGAAAAGUAUGUUAGAGGGGACGAUCCUUUGACACCAGAAAAGGAGCCAGUCAUUCCAUUUACUUUAGCAGUUAUGGUAAGAAAUUCAGGAUACGGAGUCGCCCGAGCUCUUAAAAUAUCGUCUGCGCAACCGCAAAUUAUAGAAAAUGAUAAAGGAUUGCUUAUUACUUUUAAAAUUAUUGGAGGUUGUUUAGGUAACAAACCAAUCACACCGUCUCUUAUUGUUGACUUUGGUGAUAUUAAAUCUUUUGAAACCAAGACAGCCAGAUGGAUGCUGACGUCAACACUUCAAGGAACCUUCUAUAACUUUAGUGCAACAUUUGAGAAUAUAAAUCCAUUAGGAGAUCCACAACUUUCAUUAUUUGAAAACGUUUGGUAUCAUGAACUUAUUCAUUUGGUUAGACUAUUCAGUGACGAUGAGGAUGAUGGCUUCGACGAUUUCUUAGUAAAUGACUUUGUUGAUAAUAAAGGAAUACCAGAAAGGGUAUACAACAGUGCGAAUGGAUCUGAUGUCUAUGACGUUAUGAGUGCAACUGUCCUAGGAUUAUCGUCAAGCUCUUUAGUUAAGACCGAUAUGACAAGAUAUACACUAGUUUAUAUGGAGAUACUCACUAAUACAUCUAAUUGGUUCUAUGCAAGGGUAAAAAAUAAUAUCACAAGCCCUCAUCAUAUGUUACUUUCUGUCAUGUCAGAUGAUAAUCGCGAUAUAGUAGUUGAUAAAAAUAUAUGGACUACCACUCAUAUACUGGACUCAUACCUUAUUCAUUUGUUUGACUUUAUAAAAAACAAUAAUAGUGUUUCGGAAGAAAUAGAAAUGAAAUAUGUUUUAACAUUUGGGCCAAAAAAUUUGCAUCCUCCAAAAUUCAACGAAACGUCUUACUCGAUAAAACUAUCAACGGAAACUCAAAAAGGAUUGUCUAUUCUUACAGUUCACGCUUACGAUCUCGAUAAAAAUGAAAUUACGUUUGAAAUUAUUGGAUUUGAAAAUGAGACAUUUGCUAUAGACCCCCAUACUGGAGUUGUUACUUUAUUACACAGUCCGUUAGAAAUUGGUGAGAUAAGGCUUCGAGUAAUGUGCAGAGAUGACGGUAUUCCAUCACUUUCGGGUGUUGUAACUGUGAUUGUUUAUGUUACAUCUGAUGAAAUCACGACAACAACGAUAGUUACCUCUUCGGACGCGUCAACUGAUAUUUCAAUGACGUCACAGUCCAACAAAUUAUUAACGUCAUCUUCGGACGCAUCAACUGACAUUUCAGUGACGUCACAGUCCAACAACGUAUUAACGUCAUCUUCGGACGCAUCAACUGACAUUUCAGUGACGUCACAGUCCAACACUUUAUUAUCGUCAUCUUCGGACGCAUCAACUGACAUUUCAGUGACAUCACAGUCCACCGACUUAUUAACAUCUUCUGUAAAAUUUCCAUCAACUUCAAUAGUAUCCAGUACAAAUACCGUCUAUUCAAAAGAAGUCGAAACGACAACCGAAUCAGCGAGCGAUAAAACAACAGUCUCUGAAACAACUGGUUUAGCAGAUAAGACAACCGUAUCAUCUUUUUAUAAAACAACCGUACCGUUUACUUCGACGAGCACAGUAGAGCAGACAUCCAAAUCGAUGUAUGACAAAUCGACUAUUCCAUUUUCAUCGCCAACUGCAAUUCAAACGACAGAAAUGCCAUCGUCUGCAGUAAAACAAGUCAUACAGUUUGUACUUUUGGUCGUCACAAAUUUUAUUUGUCUUUGCUUAGUCUUAAUUUAACUGUUCUGGUAGAAAACAAAA